AAUGGUCUCCAACAAACGACGCAUACGAAGAGUGCAUUUUGCCUCAGAGGAGAGAGACGAACAAAAAAUGAAUAGCCUCUCUCCUCUAUGCAUCUGGCCGCAGAGCGACGGCUGUUUUCCGCAACGAGUAGGAAGAGGUGCUUGCCCCAAGGUUGUACCGUGCGCUGAUGCGGCGACACGCGGGCGACCCAACGGCGGCGACCUCGUCGGAGGAAAGCAGAGGAAGAAGGAUGGAGAACCACCAUACAGAGUUGGUUGAUCCAUCAUCACAGGACACAACGUUCUUCCCCAACGACCAAUGGGCUUAUCGGCUGGUGGCAAGUAUUAACCAGCAACUCCCUAACUCUCAAGUUGGGAAUUCCUCAGAACUGAUCGGAGAUCCUAGUUUGGCCCCAAAUGGCGAGGAGGUUGUUCAUCACACAAGAUUAGGUAAUGGCAUGUUAACAGAAGCAGUUGCGACUGAACAAACCUCACCAGAAAUAUGUCAAGUCCCAAAGGGCAAGCGAGUGUCUAGACGAGGAGGUAGCUUCACAAAAGAAGAGGACGCCAUAAUCUGCUCUGCAUUUAUGAACAUGCUCAAGUACCUCCAUGCCAUAGCUGCAAGUUGCAAGGUCGGCACUUGAGUCUUCAGUCGAAUUCAGAUUGCACACACAUUGCUUCCGUGAAAACGAAUACUUACUGCAACUCGCGAAUCUCCUAUGCCCACCUCGGCACAACCGAAGAGGAUCGGAAGCCGCACUGGUAGUGGUCACUCCGGCCGUCCGGCGACUGCGGAACGUGAUGCGGCGGCGGCCACAGCCUGACCUGGGGAGCUACCAAAGUGGAGAAAGCGUGGGGAAUGGAAACCCUUGCGUGAAAAUGCCCGGGAAGUAAACUGUCGGACGGAGAGACAUUUCAUUUUGCGUUGGCUGUUGGAGAUACAAUUUUUUUGCGUGCCCUAUGCAACUACUGUACACGAGCCAUCUAUUCAAAUGCCUAUCCAAAAAUGGCUAUGUUGUUGGAGAAAGCCUCAUUUGAUGCG